AUGUCCCGAAGCUUAUUUGUUCUUUGUCUCAUCGCCCUCGUUGCUUUAAUAAACGCUCUUCCUGUAGCAGUCGUGGAACGAUAUAUUCCCAUUGCUGUGGAUCCAGACGGUGUUCCCCUUCAUCGUGUUAAACGACAAUUCUUCGGUGGCUUCGGAUUUCCCUUCGGAGGUUUUGGAGGUUUUGGAGGCAGCUAUGGCAAUUCUUACGGCUACAGUCAAAGCUCUAGUUUUUAA